UACAACCUUUGUUGUCACUCAAAAUGUAUACUGAUGGGUAUCCAAUAGCCAUGACCAGAUGGCUUAUAUCUGAGAUCAUGACGAUGCGUCUGUGUAAGUUGAUAUUUGAUUAAGUGAUUUAAUAUCGUAAUAGUACGUGGUCCACAAUCAUUCCCCAUCUAAUGCAAUAAAUAAAAAUGUAUGCCUACUCAGCAUUCAUAUCAUAGUCAUUGAUUUUCACAAGCCCACUGAACACCCGUCAAUGGUGUGGUUAUUGAUAUGCAUAGAACUUCAGAUCAGUGGUUAAGGUGGCCUAUCCCUUGACAGGACUGUUAUUACUCAUCAGCCACAGUUCCGCAGAUCGCAUUUCAAGUGUUAGGAUUCUCCCGAGUCACCCUCAAGGCGUUUAUGUCACCGAAGCGCGUGGGCCCACGUCUGUCUGCUGCCAGUACAGACACUGCCCCCCCUGCAGCGCAACAAGAAGUGCCGACACAGUAGUUCUGGAGUGCUGGAGUGUGAGAGGGAGAGGAUUCUGAAGAGGAGAAGCUGACUGCCAAAAGAUGUCCCACCAAACUGGAAUUAACGCAACAUCUGAGCUCAAAGAGUUUCUGGCCAGGGCAAGGGGAGGCCCCAUCAGAAUAAUGAAGAUCAUCAUCAGAAAUGAGGAACUGGUGCUUGGUUCCUACAGAGAGCCGACACAGAGCUGGGACAAGGACUUCGACAGCAUGCUGCUCCCCCUGCUAGGGGCUGGGGACCCUUGCUUCAUCCUCUACCGCCUCGAUACCCAGAAUGCACAUGGAUAUGAAUGGGUUUUCAUGGCUUGGUCCCCGGACUCAUCACCAGUGAGGCAGAAGAUGGUUUACGCAGCUACCAGAGCCACACUGAAGAAAGAGUUUGGAGGAGGUCACAUCAAAGAUGAAAUGUUUGGUACAAUCGAGGACGACCUGUGCUUCCAGGGGUACCUGCGGCACAUGGCCUCCUGUUCUUCACCUGCACCCCUCACACUAGCCGAGCAGGAGUUGCAGAGACUUAAAGCCACAGAGGACAAAGUUGUCUGGGAUGAACGCCGGCGAAUCACUCCGACUGGACGGGCUAAGGUGACCAUGGAAUUUGGCCUAGACAAAAGGCCACAGACUCUUCAAGGUCUGGCGUUCCCCCUACAAGAAGAGGCCAAAGGUGCUCUGAGGCAGCUCAAGCAGAAGCGCAUCAACUACAUCCAACUGAGGUUGGAUGUAGAGAGGGAGACGAUUGAGCUGGUACACACCAACCCCACAGAGACCAGAGAGCUUCCCUACAGGAUUCCCACAGACUCCCCCAGAUACCAUUUCUUCGUCUUCAAACACUCCCACCAGGACCAGCUCCAGGAGGCCUUGGUGUUUAUCUACUCAAUGCCUGGGUACAGCUGCAGUAUCAAGGAACGGAUGUUGUAUUCCAGCUGUAAGAACAGACUACUCGAUGAGGUGGAGCGAGACUACCAGCUGGAGGUCACCAAAAAGAUGGAGAUCGACAGUGGGGACGGACUGACAGAAGACUUCCUGUAUGAGGAGGUGCACCCCAUGGAGCACACCCUGAAGCAGGCCUUCUCCAAACCCCGAGGACCGGGGGGGAAGCGGGGCAACAAGAGGCUCAUCAAGGGGGCAGAAGAGAACGGGGACGACAGCUAGACAUGCAUACAAGGAUACACACGAGCCAGCGGACCAGUGUAUCAAGAACUGCUUUUUUCUUCCUUCCUCCUUCUUACUGUCUACUUUAUGUCAUCUCAUAGACCAGAAGAGAAUAGUUUUAAGCUCUCUGUAUACGUAUUCUAUCUCUGUAACGUGGAUAUGGAGACGUUAAAGUAAUGACCAACACUAAUUUGCGAUGCCAUCUAUAGUUGCACUCAGGAUCCUCAGAGAAUGAUAGGUUUACAUCGGAGAUGCUUUGGAACCGUUCAUUGUCACAUAAGUAUAACUCACGAUAUUUAUAUAAAGUUAAGGAUUAAGGCCAACUAGUGCUAACAAUUGACAACUUGGAAGAGACCGACAAAUAGUCCUAACUCAAAUUUUUCUGAAAACUUGAUUCUAUUAAUAGUCUUGUUAUAUUUUUACCAUUCAUGGAAAGAAAUAAUUAUAUUGCAUGUGUUCUUAGAAAUAGUAACAAGGAAGUUUCUAUUAACUGUAAACAUUACAGUUUAGUAUUUUUUCAAGCCAAGGAUACUCUAUAUGAAGUCAGGCAGGUUAAUAAUGGAACUUCACAAGAUACUCAAGAAAUGCCUGUUUGUAUUUUGCUAUGUAGACAGUGACUGUGAUAUCUUAUAUUUCAUACUUAGAAGCCAACUCUAACCUGGUGGUCUCUGUAUCACAUGUGAUUGUUUUGGAUCUCUCACCCAAACCAGGCCUGAAUAAACUCAGCUGAGUGCUGCUGUU